AUGAACCUGGGGAGACUACAGGAAAUCGAAAUGAUUGACCCUACCCCGCUACCACCGUGGCGUAAGGAGGAGAUCGAAUCGGAAAGGGGGAUCGCGAUAAUAAUGGCCGAGGUUGCACGGUCAACCGCGGACAUCGUGGUGUACUCGGAUGCCUCGGGACAAGAAGGUCAUCUGGGUGCCGCAGCGGCCGUGCUGAGUGACUCACUGGAAACAAUCGACAGCAUACAAGUGCAAGUUGGGCCCAUGGGUCGAUGGUCCGUACAUGCUGCCGAGCUGAUUGGGAUCAUCUACGCCAUCAACAUCAUUAACAAGGUCGCCCUCCGACACUGGAGAACAUCCCAUACACGGGUGAGAUCUGCCACUAUCCUCAGUGACAGCAAGUCGGCCCUGCAAGCUGUCCAAAACCCCAGAACAAGUCGGGACAACAGAUCAUCCAUGCCAUUCUCCAAGCAGCCAGGAACACCAAGACCCACAGCACGUCGAUACUGUACGACUGCAGGCUGGCGACGACUCUCACCUCCCCGUGGUGCCGGCUGGGAACAUGUGAAUGCCUUGCCUGGGAGGUAUCUGCAAAGCUAA